AUGUUCAAAACAAGAGUGCCCAAGAGGCGAUCAAACCUCUCUAACGUGGUCAAGAGCCAGCGAAGCAGCCGUGUUAAGGUCGGCGAACGGUUUUCGGAGAAAAAGAGUAAGCACGAGCAAUCUGAAGGAGCUCAAAAAAUAGACUCUGCUGUUAGCGGUAGUGUAAAUUCUACUGACAAGGGACCUAUAUCCUCACAUCCAGAGGAAUCUAGACCUGGCUCUCAUUCUAAUUCUGCUUCUGAUUCUGAUUCUGAUUCUGAUUCCGAACCAAGUUCCAACUCCAGCUCCGAUUCCGACUCAGAUUAUGACGACUCAUCUCUAUCGCAAAAUCAAAUUAAAGAUGGCAUUCCCGCAGCAUUCUUAGAGCGUCUAAUGAGCUUUUCCCUAUUCAAUAAUGCCCCAGAACUGUUCUAUAUAGCUAUCGCCAGAAAACUUAAGCUGCUAGUUUACCAUCCGCAUGAGUUUGUCGUGAAAGCUGGAGAACCGGCUUUAGCAAUGUACUGGAUUCUUCGAGGUUCUGUGAAUGUCACAUCUCCGGAUGGCGAAAUCGUUCAUGCUGAGUUGGUAGAAGGUUCAUAUUUCGGUGAAAUCGGAAUCCUUUUCAAUAGACCAAGAACAGCAACUGUCAUUUCCAAGACAAAAGUUUUGCUAGGAGUAUUAACUGCAGAAACGUUCAAUCAAGUUUUACUACAUUUCCCACAAAUAGAACGACAAAUCAGAGAUGAAGCACAGGAACGUCUUGCAACCCAGGAAAAACAGCGGAAAGCCGGCGUUUCAAAAAUCAUUCACGAUAACGAUUUUAUUGUACGACAAAGAUCUCCAACAUGCAUCACAAAUGAUCAAAGCAUACAGCCCAUAUAUUCAAGCCCGGGAUCCUAUUCAGAUACUGCAAUUUCGUCCGUAACCAAUAGUACGGUUAUAUUCCCACUACAGCAAGAAUCUUCGGAUAAGCUAUUAGAAGAAAGGAUACUUCCUCCUCAACUUCCCGAGAGAAACGACUCAUCAUCACCUACCAAUCAAAGCUUGGGAAACCCAAUAUAUACGGAAACAAUUGACGACACGAUAUCAACUAGGCAAUUCUUGAAAAGUUUGCCUUUGUUUACCGCUUUACCAGCGAAUGCUAUACAUGAGUUAGCUCUCUCGGUAGAAAUAAAACAAGUUCCUCCGUUCGAAUAUGUCUUCAAAAAAAAUGACAUCGGUGAAGAUAUAUAUUUCAUCAUUAGUGGUGAGGUUGAAGUCCUUGGUCCUUCUACUUCAAAAAUAUUUCCCGGCAAAAACGUGCCAAUGCCAUCUCAUAAAAUUAUCGAUGUAGUUCUUGCAAGGUUAGGACCUGGUCAAUAUUUUGGUGAAAUGGGAUUCCUCAGCUCCAUUACAGAUGACGUAAAACAAAAAUCUAAAUGUAAAAGAUCUGCUGGUAUCAGAACUGUGUCGAACUGUACUCUUUUAGUUUUAACUGGUGAUACUCUUAGAGAUUUUUGUGCUAAAUUCCCUGAAACGGAAACCCAAAUCAAGCAAACCGCUGAGGAGCGUAUGAAAAAGAAUGUCGAAAUGCGGAAAAAUAAUGAUACGGAAUAUCAAACUAAUUCUUCGCAUCCAGAUUCAGCUGCCUUGAUAUCACCAAUAUCACAAAAAGGUUAUAUCAAUUUAUUAAACGAUCAAACUAGAAAGAUUCAAUCUCAGCCUCUAGUUACUGUAGACUCACUUUUAAGUCAAACAUCAGAAUCAUCCUUAGAUCUUUACAAUGAACCAAAUAACAAAUCUUUAUUCAAGUCCAAUUUUUCAUUCGAUAAUCAAUCACAAAAGGAAACGUCCAUGCAACAAAUAAGAAAACCAGCUUCACCAACCUUUACUCCAGUUUCUGGAAUCGGUGCUUCGCUUUCCGCAGCUUCUUCAGGUUCUCUAUUAGGGGAGAAUUCGAUUAAAAGUGAUGAGGUGUUACAACAGCAACCUCUAGAACUCCAUGUUCCGCCUUUAAAUGGCGCUUUGAAACGUAGAGCUUCCGCUUUCGCAACAAGAAGCCCUUCACCAAUGCAAUACAUGGGUCACUUAAAGAGGGCAAGGCUCUCUAAUAUCGGCGGCGGGCCGUCUAGGAGAAGAUCUUCAGUUCUAAGUGUUGGGCCUUUACCUGAUAGAUUGCUAUUACGCUGCUUCCAAUAUAUCCCAUUGCCUGAACUAAUGAAGUUGCGUUUAGUUUGCCGGCGCUGGAGGCAGCUUUUGUAUGUGGCCCCUGGUCUUUUCGACAAAUUAGACUUGACUCCAUGGAGUACCAGCAUUGAUGAUAAAGCCUUGCAUAAAAUUACUGAUUUUGUCGGCUCAAGAUCCAAGUAUAUUGAUAUAUCAAAUUGCUUUCAUGUUACCGACGAAGGGUUUUCAUAUAUGGUCAAUGAAAUUGGAAUAGGUGGAUGUAUUAAGUCACUCAAAAUGACUUCAUGUUGGGAGAUAAGUGCAAUGGCUAUUAUGGACAUUGCUGUUCCUUCGAUUGGUAAAUUUUUGGAAGAAAUUAAUUUGAGUAAUUGUAGAAAGGUACGGGAUGACGUUAUUCAAAGGCUACUUGGAUGGGAUGUAGCUGAGGUUGCUCCCAGUAGUGUUGCCUCAUCCCACAAUAAUCAAAUAGGGUCAUUAUAUCCGUUAGAUGAGCCUAUACCAGACGUAGGCUUUUCUUAUUGGUCUUAUCAAAUGUUCCCUAAGCUGAAAACUUUGAUUAUUAGUGAAUGCAUUUUUUUAACUGAUAAUUCUAUUCGCUCCAUACUAAACAGCUGCCCAAAUUUGGCAUACUUGAAUGUAUCAUUUUGCUGUUCUCUAACAGAUACAGCUAUUGAACUUAUAUGUGUUGGUGGUCAAAACUUGGAACAAUUAGAUAUCAGCUUUUGCGGCAGGGCUGUCAGUGAUAUAUCUUUAUUAAAUAUAUCGAUGCAUUUAAGAAAACUCGAACAGAUCUCUCUGAAAGGCUGUUUAAGAGUGACAAGAUCAGGUGUCGACUCCUUAUUGGGUGGAUAUGCGCCGUUGAAACGAAUCGAUAUAUCACAAUGCAAAAAUGCGCAUAUCUAUCAAGGAGGUGUUCAGGCAACACUUUUCAAGACUUCUUCAGGAUCAAAAUCAGUCUUUUUGACAAUGGAAGAUAGCUCUAGAUGUGUUGAAGUUAUAAUUUAA